UGGCAACUUUGACUAUGCGCUGGAUACAGCAGCCAGUAUGGCGGACAGCGAGAGUGAUUUGGAAACAGACGGGCUUGAAUUAGCCCUGGAAACGUUGUGCAAAAGACACUGUAGCGACGAAUCGUCUCUGAAAAGCAAAGAGUAUUGUGCUGAGUUCUGUGAGUUGGUUGAGGAGUACACAGGGCAAUGGCAGGUUCCUCUCCCACAGCUGAAGGUGCUACGAACAGCACUUUGCAGUUUCACCAAAGCCACUGCUGCCUUCCCUGAUGACUGUCAGCACAUUCAUUAUGUUCUCAGCAGUCUAGCCUUGAGCUUCUUUGAGCUGAUGCUGUUUUUCAGCAAAGAAGAAUUUGGGGAAAAGCCUUUGAAAGAAAUCCUUGAUUGCUUUCAGGAAUGUCAUUCUCACCUCCUGAGGCACAGAAACAUCUACCUUCAGCAUGUGAAGCAAAUCAUCAAAACAGGAGGCCCAUGGGAAAAUCCAGUGCUGCAAGGAAUCCUGAAGGAGGCAGACUUACCAUCAGCAGAGGUGGAACAGUACUUGAGCUCAGAGUUGCCAGUGUUCUUAGAGCUGCGGAUUCGCUACUUGCAGGCCUGCGAACGUGUGCGGGAGGCAAUGACGCUCUCUAAAAGCUGCCUAGAAAAUCGAGAAGCCGGAAACCAUCUGUUCUUCCAUCAGGCCUACCUUACCUGCCUCUACAAAGCCUCACUGCAUGAACACCUUCUGAAGGAGAUGGCAGAAAUUGAUGGUCGAGAUGCCGUGGAGAUCAUCUGCAACACAGAAAGUGUUGAAAAAGAUGAGCUUCUGUUGACGUUGUGUAAAGCCUUCCUGACCCAGCAGCUCCACAACGGAGACAUGUACUACAUCUGGGACUUGGUGUUUAUCUGGAGCAGGUUACAUCUUAGGGCCCAUCCUUCCAGACAAGGCUUCCUGGAUGAGUGCCUGCAGCUUGCCUCCUCUGCAACAAAUGUCAGAGCCAUCUUCCCCUUUAUAAAACUGGUCACUACAGAGCUCGGUGGUGAGGGCGUCCAGGUGUGUGUGGAACUUUGUGCCAGGGCCCUACAGCUGUGUGACUUGCAGGCUGACAGUGUGACCCGGUCACUGGUCUGCAAGACCAUCGCCUUCCUUCUCCCCCACGACCUUGAGGUCUGUCGAGCGUGUGCCCUGCUCGUCUUCUGCCAGGAGCGAAGCCUGGAGGCGUACAGAACCGUCUGUCUGCUUUACAUGCAUCCUGACCAGGAUCAGCAUCCUCACAGUAACCCUGUUCGCACUAAUGUCCGCUUCCACAUCUUACAGAAACUUAAGGAACGCCUGUGUUUUGACCCUGAGUUUUGGAACCUCCUGACUUUAAGGACCCAUUGCUUGGAGUUGAUGAGUGACAAGGGCGUGAAAGCUGCUGUUCUCAGUGAGAUACAGGAGGAAGCAGAGAAGGAAUACAGUGAAGAGCUGUCGAGGAAUAACUAUGUAAAUGAUCCAUAUGCUCAUGCUUUGAAUCCAUGCCAAUGCAGCGACACAGUACAAACACUAGAGGAGCAGAGCGUGGAUGGACAGACGGCCAAGCCUCUUGGCCCGUCAAAUAACGUACUGAAAAGGAGACAAUGGAGGAAAAAGCAACGGAGAAGAAGGGAAUCCCUGUCUGAUGAAGAGGUGGAUUUCGGCGAUGAUCCGGAAAUUAAGUACAAUUUCAAAUCCCCCUCUUUGGUUAGUGAGCCCGUGUAUUCACUAAGACGCAAUCACAGUAACAUGGAAAACUCUGCCCCUGGAAAAAUCCCCCUAAGUCGCAAGAGAGAAUACUUGUCAAGAUGUGUGAAGAGCCAGAUUUUGAAAAGGAAGGGUCGGAAGAAGAGGUGGUUACAGGGUCUUCCUAGAUUUGAACCAGUUCAGUCAGUGAAAGAGAAAAAGGUCAAAGUUAGAGGCAAGAAGCGAGGGCGGAAGCCUUUAUCAAAACUUGAACUCUCUUACCCUGACAACGUUGUAUACCUCGCAGAAGAGUCUGACGCCGAAGACAAAGAGAAAGCCAUGCCUUAUCUAGAGAAAGAACCUGGGCCACAGAGUGAACUGGAACUGACUGAGCCCGAGCAGACGGGUGACGUAGAGAAGAAAAAACUCACUGACCUGGUCUGUGGUAUCAGUCCUGAUGAGAAAACUCAACUUGUUGUCCCUGCCGUUGAGGGGAAUCCUGAGCUUGAUGGUUCACCUCUAGCGUUAUUGGAUUGUCCGGUAGAGCAGUUUCACAAUUACUCUCUGAACUCCAGACCUCUGGACAGUGGGACACCACAUCUUCCAGAUUCCUUAACACCAGAUGAAUUUAAUGGAAUCUCAGAAAAAGAGGCUCUGGAAUUAGUGGAGGAUAAAGUGAAGAGAACGUGGCGAGAAAAAGUACUAAGAACACAACAAUAUGCACACCUGAUGUACCACUGCAAGUUCUGCCGCAAAGAUUAUAAAGGCUUGAAUGUCAUGAGGCACGCGCUGUCACACCUGAAGAAGAAGAAACUGAGGUGCAUCAUCUGUGGAAAACGCUUCCGACAGCUUCCCUUUGCCAAAAAGCAUGUCAUGGACCACAUCGACGAAAUGUACAAACGGAAACCCAGUAAGAAGCCGUGCGUUGAGAACACUCCAGCAGCUAAUGGAAGGUUAAAUGACGUGGAAAAUCAGCCUUCCGCUCCCAAAGAAGAAACGCCUCAACCAACCCCCAAAAUCAUCCCAAAAAGCAAACGGCCGAGCCUGUCGAGGGAAGACCGAAUCAUCAGAAACCUCCGCACUCUCAUCAAAAAGACAUCUGUGCUUCAUAAAAAGUGCAAGAAGCCGGACUCCAAUAUAUUCAAGCAGCUGGACUUUAAGGACGACCAGGUAGUCAUUAAAGACGGCCUGGUGAUUGUAAAAGAGCCAACAGUGCCGCAGGACGGAGGAGGGGGGUCGGAGAAUCCCGCAGGACAGAACGGUUUCGGUGUGGACAUCACAUAUCACCUGUGCCCCUCGGAGUCCUGUGAUCGGGUGUUCUUGAAGAUCAGCACCACUUUGACCAAGCACGCCAUCAGAUGCCACAUUAAUGAAGAUAAGGUGCUGGAGAAGACGUUUGUCUGGGCCAAACACAAGUGCACCCUUUGCCUCAGGCAGAUCCAGUUUUUCCAACAUUACAAAGACCACAUGAAGCUCCACAUGACACAUCCUCAGUACUUCUGCUACCACGUUGACUGUAACCAGCGCUUUGCGGCACUACAAGAAUUAAAGGACCACGUGAAGACCCACGAGCCCUUCAGACCCCAGUGUCCCUUCACAGCCUGCGAAAAGCUCUUCUCAAGCGUCCAAGGCCUCCAAGACCACGAGUGGAGACACUACGUUCCCACGCCGCAGAAAGAGGAGCUAGAGUUGGGCCUGAACAGGCAGAAGAAGCAAAACGCAGAAGCUCCGUGGAAGCAGAGGGUGAAGGUUGAAGAGCUGUGGCUGCAGAGUAAGAAGGGUCCGAGGGACGGUGUCAACUGCGAAGACGAUGAAACCUCCUGUUACGACAAUAUCAACAUAGUGAUCAAAGCUGAAGAUCCGAGCACAACUGGAGGUCAGACAAAAACUGAAGAUCAGGAGUGUGAUGGGAACGUUACAGACAGAAGUCAAGGAUCUGUGUCCAACUCUGAUCCCAGUUCAGAGAAAACACUGACUCACGAAGUGGACAAAACAAACAUUAAUGGCUUCGAGGAUGGAAUCAGAAACCAAGUGUCACAUUUGAGUAUAAAACAGGAGCCUCACAGUCCACCCGCUUUAGGUAAGAAGCCCAAGAAAAAAUUGCCCAUGGAGAGGGACCCGUUGGAUGUCAAAGACAUGGACGACUCGUCUACUUUAGCCGAGGGAUUCCGGAAGAAGCUGGAAGAGCCACUCAUCGCCGAGCACAAAACCUUCAAACCUGAGGACCCCUCCUACGCCACCUUCGUCAAAGCCCCCUUCAUCCGACCGCCGCCCUCCACCUACCUGGACGAGUCUGUGCUUUCAAUGCGUAAGAGGAGGACCACCGAAGAGGUGCCUCAGAAGAAAAACAUUUACUGGGUUCAUAAGAAAAAGAAGGACCCUGUUUCGGAGACGGAGCAGAAGGAGGCUGAAGUGGUGCCAGAGCAGAAGAUCAGGCAUCGCUGUGAAAAAUGCCUGUCGUCUUUUAGCACCGCGGACGAAUUAAAGAAACACCAAGCCCUUAACACCUGCUCUGCUCUGUUUGGCUUCGACUCAGACGAUGACAAUUAGUUGCGAUUGAAGAGGAGCUGAAGCGGCAUAGGACUCGCCAUCAAGAUAUAGGAACACUGGACGUCUUUCUUGAUUCUUAUACAGCUCUUCUUUACUCAUAAGUAUCAGAUUGUAAACGAAGCAGAAAGGCAAGGAAAACUGAGGAUUUUUUUUUUUCCUUUAAAGCAAUAAUUUUUACUACUUUUAUCACGUUUCAUUUGCUUUGCUUUGAAAAUAUAAGUUUGCUAGUUGUG